UUCAAACGACGACACACUUUGUAUAAAUACCUGUGUAUUAAUCCUGACCUAUAAAAACAAUGUAUAUUCUGAUAAAAACAACAACUCAUUUGACAGUAAUGAAAUAACCAGAGGGCUUCCGCUGUAGCGCCACAAAAACACUAUCUCCCAGAAUGCUUUGUGUCGUCUCACGCUGACGUCAGUAGUGCGACGGAAAUCUGCGGCAAAAUAAGCUAAACACGGCGUAAUACAACAAUGGAGUCAGAACAGGCAAAAGAAGACUGUGCUACAAACGAGCCAGCACCCACUCCUCCUCCUCCCUCUCAGCCAAAGAAGCAAGGCCAGGCUCUGUACGUCCCCAAGCAACGACUCCAGGGCUCCAAAGAAAAACCUCAGGCUCAGGGAGAAGUUAAACCCAGACCCAGGCCUCGCUACACGGACAAGGCAAGGAAGAAUGCCAAGAACAAGAAGGACAAGGCUGGAGCGGAGGAUAAGGGAGUGCCUGCUGAAGAAGAGACCCAGAAUGGGGAGCCUGAGGUGAAGGAGGAGCUGAUCCAGGAUGCAGACGUACAGGCUAAUGGGCAGCCUGACUCGGCCAACGAGGAGGCUGACGAUACCUCACGGCUGGAGGCAACAGCCUCUGAGGAAGGGGAGGAGGAGAGUUGGGACACCUUGUUCAACGAUGAUGGAGAUUGUCUGGAGCCAAAUCUUGGAAAGCUGACUUUGAACGAAGGUAGAAAGAAAAAGUCCCUCCAGGAGCCAAGGUUUGAUUACUACAACGUGGAGGGAGAUGACGAUGAGGACAUCGACCCCACAGAGGAUGAACUUGCUCACAUUGUUGAGAUCUACGAAUUUCCUGCUGAAUUUAAGACAGAGGACCUUCUCAAGUUAUUUCAGUGCUACCAACAGAGAGGAUUUGACAUCAAGUGGAUUGAUGAGUCGUGCGCCCUGGCCCUCUUCUCAAGCCCCAUAGCAGCUCGUGAGGCUUUAAGAUCCAAACAUCCUCUCAUGAAGUUGAGACCUCUCUCCAAAUCCUCCCCCGACACGAAGGCCAAAGCUCGUAGCUGCUCAGACUACCUCCUGCCUGCUAAAGAGAGACCUCAGACCAGUGCAAUGCUGGCUCGCAAGCUUGUGAUCGGUGCCCUCGGUGUAAAGAGCAACCAGACGAAGGAGCAGGGCGAGGCCGAGAGGAAGAAGCUCCAGGAGGCGAGAGGACCAGUGGGCUGUUGUGAAGCGCCCGGAGAACAAAUUUGGGUUCAGGGUCUCGAUCAAGGUGACUUAAACAUCCGGACAGUAAGACUCAGAAGAGUUCCACCUUCUCCAUGUGUAAAGUGUCCGUCCAAUAAUUGAGGCAACGUUUAUUGAGGUAAAGAAAUGUUUUUAUUUUAUUUAUAUUUUUCAACAAAUUUACCAUUUCAAGACAUUGUGAACAACAUACAUUUUGUUUGUUGAUAGUGUAUUUAAAAACUACAUCCUGAACAUUUAGUAGUAUGGUGUCUUUAAGUGCACAGCGGCAGAUCUAGAGUCAGUAAACUUGAAUGAAACUAUUGAGCAGAUAUUGUAUUUUAGCUGCAUUGAUUUUGUUCUGUUAAGCUAAAGUAAAUCCAUGAAACAAGUUGUGAAUAAGGGAAGUUCAACUACAGUGUUGGCGAUAUGUUUCCGCUCCAUUUGAAGUAUUAAGUGAUGUUAUAGUUGAAAAAAUUCUGCAACACAUAGAGUUUAUCUCAACUCUUUCAAAGUGCUUUAGAUUAAAAGAUUUGUUGUUGUCAACCUCAACAUGCUGUUUUCUUUGUUCCUUGAAAGUUGAGAUUUUGCACUUUUCACUAGAGAGAGACAGCGUUUCCUAAUUCACAGUCAACUUUCAUAAUUCAGCCUCCGAUAACACACACGUCCAGGCUGGUAGGCAGCUGCCUCUGAGGCUUCACCACGCCAACCACGGACCACGUGACUGCGUCUCCUUCACCUCCUCAGCCAAUAAUCAAGUCUUAUUCUCCUGCUUGGAGAAAGAGCUGCUCAUUUGGUUAAAUGCAAAUCAUUUAAACUUCUACAUCAUCUUUGAAAUAUAAUUUACUGUUAACUUUUGGCCCAACUAGAUGUUAUUGGAUGUUCUAACGUAGUUAUACAAAAGAUUGUUGGGUAGAUAAACGUUUGAAGGGGGUCUUUGUUGUUUGAAGACCUCAUUAAUUGAGAGUGUUUGUGUGAGAUUCAACUCUACCAGUUCUAAAUAUUCAUACACCAGUGCAGCUCAUUACUGCAGUGAGGAACCCAGUUUGUGUAACAGUUUAGAUCGUUAGACGACUGAGACACGGAGCCACGUGGCUCAGAGGCGGCUAAUUAAAGAGCUUCAGCCUCAGGAGGCUUUCAUUACAAGUUCAAUUUUGUGUUUGUAUCUUUUUGACUCUGUAGUUGACACUUAGCUUGACAAAAUAAAAUGUGAGCCAUUCAAAUACAAUCUCUGCAAGUAUUAAUCUCUUUCCUAAACUCCUGCAUGUUUCCAAAGAUGUCAGAAGCAUCAGGAAUGAUGGAUUUUUAUAGUCAGAAUGUGGUUUAAUUGUUUUGGUCAGGAUGUAAAGCAAGGAAUAUCAGUUGUAUUUUUAAUUAAAGGGGCAGAUUAUUUAUGCAUGCUGUUUGGUAAUAAUUUAUGUAAACUUUUUCUGGAAGCC